AUUUCAAGCUUCAAACAUAAGUAAUUAAACAGCCCUCUCCUUUGAUUCCUAAUUUUUUCUCAAACGCCUCCUAGCUCGCAAAGCUCAGACACUAGUCAUGGGAGCCUGUGCGAGCAGACCUAAGGAUUUGGACAAAGACUUGGCCCCUGCCCCUGCCGAGGAACCUGCAGUCACCCCAAAGAAAUCCGAGCAGGAAACUCCUGCUCCUCAGGAGAAAAAGGAUGGGGAGGAGACUAAGAAGGAGGAGCCUUUGGUAGACAUCUCUGAACCAGCAUCAGAGGCUCCCAAGAUUGAGGAAGUAACCACUGAGAAAAACACCGCCGAGGAGGUGAAGGCAAAGGAGGAGGAGACAGCCAAACCAGCUGAGGAAGUCAAAGUUGAGGCUGUGAAAGAGGAGCCCAAAGAACAGCCAGCAGAGGAGGAGGUAGAAGAGACCCCAAAAGCUGUUGCCCAAUAAACAAUUAAUUAAAAAAUCCAAACACAAUCGUUACAUCCCUUGUUAAUUUUCUUUUGCAUCUAAUUUUGUCAUAUCAUAUUGGAAUGUUUUGCUAGUUUUUUUUAUUUGUUGUGGCUCAUGUAGUAAAACAAAAGAAAAAAUAAAUAAAGAAAAGAUUCCCAGA